AUGGUUUUUAAAUGUAAUCUCUUUUAUUUUAUUGUUGUUAUUGGUUUACCUUUAGUGUCCAACAUAUUUUUCGACACCAAUUAUGAUAUUAAUGAAAUUAAAUUGAGUGAUUUAGAUUCGGAAGCAUUCUUGGACUCUUUUGAAGCUUUGACUAAACACGGUUACACACCUGAGAAGCAUGUAGUGACUACUGAAGAUGGAUACGUUUUAACUCAUUUUCGAAUACCAAGGAAAGGACCACCGGUGCUGUUAGUCCAUGGUAUUACUGAUUCGUCUGACGAAUGGUUAGUUCUUGGUCCAAACCGAUCACUAUCGUACCAACUAGCUGACGCUGGAUUUGAUGUAUGGCUCUUCAACAGUCGUGGCAAUAGAUACAGCAAGGAACACAUCGAACAGAACAUACCAAAGGAAAAGUAUUGGGAUUUCAGCUUGGAUGAAAUGGGCAUUCGAGAUUUACCUCCUACUAUCGACUACAUACUUAAUGUGACGCCAUAUAAAAAAAUGUUUUACAUUGGAUUCUCACAGGGAACUACGAUCUUCCAUAUUAUGUGCAGCACGAUUCCUAAUUACAAUAAUAAAAUAAAAUAUGCCGUCCUUCUGGCUCCAGUUGCAUGGGUCAGUAAUAUUAAAAUACCUCUUAUAUCCGUUUUUAGUAAUAACAUACAAUUUAUUUCUUCACUUACUGUAGAUUCAGGUUUAUAUGAUCUUCUUCCGUUCAGUUCUGAUAAGGUGUACAGCCGUUUGAACUGUUACAAAAGAUUAUCGAAACAAUUGUGCGAUUUAGAAGCAUUUCUCUACUUUGGAUUGAAAAAUGCAAAUUACUUACCAGAAGAUAGAGCGGCUGUAAUUAGCAGUCACUCGCCAGCAGGUUUGAAUGCUAAAAUUAUUAUUCAAUAUUUACAGUGGCAUAAAAGUAAACGAGUCCAAAGAUUUGAUCACGGUGAAACAAAAAAUUUAGAAAUGUAUUCAACGAAAGAUCCCCCUUUAUAUAAUAUAUCACUUACCACUACUCCUGUAACUAUUAUAGCCAGUGAAAUUGACUGGUUUGGUGAUAUCGAUGAUGUUAAAAUGUUAAGACAGAAUUUACCGAACGUUCGAAAUUUUAUAAUGUAUAAUAAUAGUUUAGAAUUUUCUCAUCUCGAAUUUGUAUAUGGUAGUAGAGUAAAUAGUUUAGUUAAUAGACCUAUAUUAAAAAUAUUGUUAAAAGAAAGGUAA